AUGUCCUUAUCAGAAGAGGCGCUAAAUGAUUUGAAAGGAAUAGUGAAAUGCAGAGAGACUCAAAUUGAGCUACUUAAUGCGUUCAUUUCUAAAGAGCUGGAAACGCUGGUUCCAUCUUUGAUUGCUCAUGGCUACAAGUCAAUUGGUAAAACUUACACUAUUGAAAGAUAUUUAGAAGCGUUAGGAAUAAAUAAGACAAUAGUUAAGUGUGACGAAUGCGUUACGAAAAAGCUUUUACUUCAAAGAUGUUUAAAGCGAAUUCGAAUGGAUAGUGGUGUUGAUUUGUCGAAAUAUAAUCAAUUAUUCAAUUACAAAGGUGUCGAGGUGACCAAUGUUGGAAAGCUAUGUGAAAAUUUUGCAAGUUUCGUUGUUGCAUUGGAGCAAUUUAUAGAAGAAACAAACUAUCAAGAUCCGCAUGUUCUUUUAUUAGAUAGAUUUGACCAAUGUAUGGAUCCUACAAAUGAGUUAUUCCCUGGCUUUCUCAGAUUACAAGAACAGUCUAAGAUUAAGAACAUAAGCAUAAUAUUCGUCAUAUCUAGUGACGAACCUAAAGAAAUAGUUACUAAUCCAAUACCUCAUAUUUAUUUCAAACCAUAUACACAAGAUCAAAUAGUAGAAAUCCUACAAAAUAAUCAGUUCUGCUUCUUUGAGAAUAAGAUGUAUGAUAACCAUAUAGGUGAAGACUUUUGGAAGCAAUAUUCCAAAAUAAUUGUUGAUUCUUUUUUUGCAUAUACGGGUUCGAAUAUGAAUUUGCUAAUAGACAUAUGCUUUAAAUUAUGGUGGAGCUUCAUACGACCAGUGAUUGAAGGAAGAUACAAACCGAGUGAAUUUCUCAGAAUAUAUAGAGAGAAUAAGGAUCUCUUCAUUAACGACUCAAUUAUAAAUAAUUCAUUGGUUCGUGAGUACGGGACCCUUGACGAAGACAAAUCUUCAAAUGCUACAAAUGUUGAUGAUUUACCUAAUCAUUCUAAAUUUAUACUUAUUGCAUCGUAUUUGGCAUCGUUUAAUGAGCCCAAAAACGACUUGAAUAUAUUUUCUAGAAUCAAAGUUAAAGGCAAGAAGAGAAAAUCAAAUAUAGCCAAGAUUAGGAAAGGAGAAUUAUCCAAAGAUGAUAUCAAUACACAAUUGCUCUCGCCAAAUUAUUUUGAUUUAGAAAGAUUGCUAGCCAUCAUUUCAGUAAUUUACAGAAAUGAAUCAGAAUCCUUAAACAAGUCAAAUGAGGACUUCUUGAAUUUUUAUGAUAAUAUGUCUGAAAGAGAGAUAGCAAAAAAAGAACAGGAAUUUGCUAAGUUUACGUUAAAUUCAAAUAUAGAUUUAAACAGUCAAAUAGCUACAUUAGUAUCACUAGGCUUAUUGACGAGGACAACGGCGCUAGAUAUUUUAAGUUCUAAGAUAAGAUGGAAAUGUAAUAUUAGUUGGCCGAUGGUAGAAGGUAUAGCCAAAGAAAUCAAUUUUCCAUUGCACAAUUAUUUAUUUGAUUAA